AUGCGGCUUUCUCAACUCGUCGUGAUCCUCGCGCUCGCGACGCUCGCGACGCACAUCGGACCCGCGAAGGCGAACCUAUGGGCACCUCUGGGUGCAGAACUCGGCGGAACGCAAAACGGUGAACAGUUUGGCUCCUCCGUGUCGCUGAACCGUAACGGAACCAUCAUGGCCGUGGGUGCACCUAGGUACGGUGGCUAUAACGAUUACAGAGGGCGCGUCCAAGUGUAUCGGCUCGACGCUGCAUCGAGCGUCUGGACGGAGAUGGGCCCUGCAAUCGAAGGCUCUAAGCUAUAUGCAAAUUUCGGGCAGUCCGUUUCACUCUCCGCGGACGGCACGAGAUUAGCAGUAUCCAGCUUAGGCGAUCCGGCCGGGAUAUACUCUUGGCAGGCGAGCAAUGCCACUUGGGACCUCGUCAGUUUCUCGCUGCCAUGUGGGUCUUGCCUCUUUACAGCUGCUGCGAUGUCAGCGGACGGCACGCGGUUUGCGGCGUUGACGAAGACAUCGUCGUUUCCGGAUGCCGCAUACGUGUUCUCGUCGUCGACGCUCGCUAAUAUUUCGCAUGCAUUAUCACCAGUCCACUCUUUUUACGGAGGGAAAGCCAUCGCACUCUCUGCCAACGGGAUACGCGUCGCACUCGGUGGGAGGACCGGGACUGGAUGGGGCUCCAACGGGUUCGUCAAGGUUUUUGAGGAAGCGGCCGGCCAUUGGAGUCAACUCGGAGGGGACAUCAACACCGAAAGCGGCGAGCAUUACGCUUCCUUCGGGGAAGCGCUGGCCCUUUCCGCUGAUGGCUUGCGCCUAGUCGUCGGCGCGCCGGGUGUCGUGGAACCUAGCGGGUAUUCAUACACCGGUGGAGCAGGAUCCGGGGUCGGCGCCGAACCUUACGUGGUUGUGUAUGAUUAUGAUGCAUCGACGAACACGUGGGGGAAGCUGGGCGGUCUGAUGACCAUGGGCCAGGCGAGGGUAACUACUUCUCACAACUAUUAUCACUUCUUUGGGAAAGGCGUGUCCAUCUCUGAUGACGGCUCCAUGGUCGCUGUCGGCGUGGACAGCUAUCAUCCGUACAGCGGGACAUCGGUAAAUGGUCCGGGUUUCGCGCGCUUGUACAAAUGGUCUCAGUCCUGGGACAAAGUAGAAGAUUUCAGCGGAAACAGCACCGCCGAGAAUGCCGGUAGGGAUGUCUCGCUCUCGGGGGAUGGGAGGGUCAUGGUGGUGGGCAAGCCAUACACCCACAGCUCGACAGAGCCGGGAUACGUUCGGGUGUACGGAAAACCGGAGGUUGCAUCGCCGUCGAGCGCAAAUAGCAGCAUCAGCAGUAACAGCAGCUACGGCGGGAACAGCAGUAACAGCAGCUACGGCGGGAACAGCAACAACGGCAAUGGCAACAACAACGGCAGUGGCAACAGUAGUAGCACCAGCAGUGCCAACAGCAGCCAAUCUUCGGGGAGUAACGCGUCCGCCGUUCCGCCGCCACCGCCACCACCCUCGCCGCCGCCCAAAAUCGUCCUCGACGACGACGAUCAUGCGGUAGCUCGAGGAGGGUUCUUGCUGCUGCUCGUGGCGACAGCAAUUCAUUUUGUGAUGUGAUAA